AUGGCGUUGCCUUUUCAUCCACCUCAUUACCACGUUCGUGACGAGUUUGGCUAUAAUACGAGGGUGUCAGCACCAUACGAUUCUGCUGCAGCUUUCGUCGUUACUAGACGCUUCUUCAUUGUAAGUGUUGUGCCAGUAACCGGUGCAUAUGGUGUAGGUGCUGGUGGUUCAGGUGCUGGUGGUGCUGGCGGUGCAGUUGCUGUUGGUUCAGGUGCUGGCGAUGUAGCUGCCGCUGGUUUAGGUGCUGGCGGUGCAGUUGCCGUUGGUUCAGGUUCUGGCGGUGUAGGUGCUGGCGGUGCCGUUGGUUCAGGUGCUGGCGAUGUAGGUACCGGUGGUUUAGGUGCUGGCGGUGUAGAUACCGGUGGUUUAGGUGCUGGCGUUGUAGCUACCGGUGGUUCAGGUGCAGUUGGUGUAGAUGCUGGCGGUGUAGCUACCGGUGAUUCAGGUGCAAUUGGUGUAGGUGAUGGCGGUGCAGUUGCCGGUGGUGUAGGUGCUGGCGGUGUAGGUGCUGGCGGUGUAGAUGCUGGCAAUGUAGGUGCUGGCGGUGUAGAUGCUGGCAAUGUAGUUGCUGGCGGUGUAGAUGCUGGCGGUGUAGGUGCUGGUAGUUCAGGCGCUGGCGUUGCAGUUGGUGGCGGUGUAGGUGCUGGUAGUUUAGGCGCUGGCGGUGCAGUUGGUGGUGGUGUAGGUCCCGACGAGGCAGUUUUCGUGAUGGUCGUUUGA